AUGAAACGGAGGGAGUGGUAAUUAUUCGAAUCGUAACUCCAUGCAGGUUUAUGAAACAUUUUUUCUUACAUUAUGCUGAAAUAAAUGACUAACGCAUGGGAGUUAUCAUUACGGAGAUAAAAUUAUGCGAAAGUUGGUAUUGUGUUUUGGGACCCAUUUAAUUUUCAGUUUUUUUUUGUUUACAUUUUUUCUUUCAUAAUCAAAAUUUAUAAAUUAAGAUUCCCAAUCAGCGAAUCAAAAAUAUUCAUACAACUCAGAGGGAUCGAUCUCCAAAAUUGAAACAAGGAAUUUCAAGACCCUAGAUGAUUUGUCGGCAAUACUUCUUCACAAUUUUUUACCGCCACCAACAAACCUUAACAUUUCGUGUGCCAACCGCUAUAAGCCAUUGCAUUUUUACGGAACAACUUUAUAACUCGGGAUUAUCCUACAGAUAUUGGUAAUAUAUUUUAGUUACAAUAAAUGCAAAUCAAAGGAUCACAAGUCAACCGAAAAACCCUAAAUCCUUAAUGCCAAUUCAUCAAAUAUAUAAGUUACAAAAAAAAAAAAAUUCAUCAAAUAUGCCAAAUUGAAGCUAUUGCCGAUUUCUUUUCAAUCCUUAAUCAGAAAUUAUUUUUAGUUUUUCUUAUUGUCUCUCGAUGUAAAAAAGCUAUCAAUUCGAAUUCGCAAUUCAGACGGCUUAUUUAGGAAGUCUAAAUCUGGCUUUUUUUUAUUUGUAUCCCAUCCAAUUAGGUGUUACGUUUUAACCCAAUAGGUUGGUGAAAAAAAAAAUUAUGAUUUUUAUGGAUAGUUUUUAAAAUCGGGUAGUUACACCAUAUAUACAACAAAAAUACAUAAAUACACUAACUAACUAAAACUUUCCUCUCUUUAUUUUCUCUUUCUGUCUCUCUCUACUCUCUCUCCCAAAAUCAAAUUUUCCAUUUUUAAAAUUUGCAGAUAAUUUUUGGUUGGGGUAUAUAAUAGUAUUAUUAAAUUUAGGUUACACAACUGUUAUUAAACCAUUUUAUAUUUAAAAUAAAUGAUAAAUAAAUUUUGUUUGGAAUGGAGAAUAUUUAAAACGCAUCUUCAUUUCGAGGUGUGCAUUGUUCUUUGUGCAACAUAGCUGAGAAUUCUUAUACUCCCUUCGUUUCACAAAGAGUGUCACUUAGACACUUUUCACACAUAUUAAUGAACUCAUUAAAAUGUAUUUAUGUUUUCAUUAAUAUCACAUAUCUAACCAAUAGUAUUUUAGAUAAAUCGAUUUAUUUAUCAAAUCAAUGUAUUUUGCAAUUAAUUUUGAACUGAAAGAUUUUAUAAAUUGCAUUGGUAUUGUAGAAUGACAUUCUUUGUAAAACAAGAAAAAUGAGCUAAAAUGAUACUUAAUAUGAAACAUAGGGAUUAAUUCCUAUGAUUUUUGUUGAGGUAUUGCUCCUCUCAUUUCCAGCUAUUGGUGAUUGGGUUAAGUGCGCUUCAAAUGAAAGGCAACUCGUUGCGAUACCAAUUUAUUUCCUCCAUCGAACGAUUCAACUAUUUUGUAAACCUUUGGUAAUCCUAACGGGAAUUGGUAAGGGUUGUAUUAAUUUACUUUAUUUUAUUUCAUUUUUGCUAUAAACUGCUGUAUGUAUAAAAAAAAUUAGAUCCUUUUUAAAAAGAAAAAUGUUGAAGUAGGAUUAGGAUUAGGCCAAAAACUCUCCGAAAAGGUCUUUAUGCGUAGUCAACAAGUUAAUAGAUGGAACGAGUGAACUCGUACUUGUUUGACGUCUACGGCGAACCCAUGGAAUCCUUCAAAGUCAGCGACCAAAACAAAUCUAAUUCAAUAUUUGUUGUCGUGAGGGGCAGAUCUUAUUGAUCCACGAAUCAUAAUCGUCUAGUAGUAUAACGACUUCUUUAUCUCGCUCUACACGGAAACAUGGAGCUCAAGUGAUCCAACGUUAUGACUAUCUUCACGAGAGAUCUCAGCCAUAGGUUCGUUUUAUGUGUUUUAUUACCGCUUUUCAUUUUCCAAUUCCUGCCUAACGCAACCUGCCAGCAAGAGUCAGAAUCCAAGGUCACGGCGGAAUCAGUAAUUGGAAUCGUUUUGCUUUCCAUGUUCCUAUUAUGUAUAGUCGGUUGCUGCUUCUUCUAUGCAUGCCAGAGUGCAGAGAUUGAGGCGGGAAGCCGUCAAGUGCUGCACACUAGAGCAAGGCAUGGGCUCGACAAGGACAUCAUCGAGUCCUUCCCGUUUUUCCUUUACUCAGAGAUUAAAGGGCUCAAGAUAGGCAAAGGCGGAAUGGAAUGUGCAAUUUGUUUAAACGAGUUCGAGGAUGAAGAAACACUACGUUGGAUGCCUCCUUGUAGUCACACUUUCCAUGCUAGCUGCAUCGAUGUCUGGCUCUCUUCUUGGUCCACAUGUCCGGUUUGCCGUGCAAAUCUGUCUUUGAAACCUGGUGAGAGCUUUCCAUAUCCGAGCAUGGAUCUUGAAACGGGAAAUGAACAAGGAGGUGUUCAAGACGACAUAAACUUGACAGGUAACAACAAUGCAAAUUAUACAACACCUCGAUCGAGAUCUACAGGGUUAUUGUCUAGCUGGCGUAUGGCUGAGAUAUUCGUCCCUAGAUCUCAUUCGACGGGACGUUCAGUGGUUCAACUUGGCGAGAAUCUAGAACGAUUCACACUGCAGUUACCGGAUGAGGUGCAAAGACAACUGGCUAGCUUGAAUCCGACAAGGAAAAGCCUCAUGGCCUUACCUGAAGCCAGGAGUUCGAGACAGGGCUACAGGAGCGGCAGUGUUGGAAGCAAGAGAAGCAGUUUCUCUCAAGGACGACAAACAUUUCAGCGGGCCCUAUCUAUGUCUCUCUCUUUCUCUUUUCAAGAUACUUCCCAAACUAGGGACAAAGAUUCUGGUGAACGGUCGUUUGAACGCCUCAUGCCAGAGAAGGUCUAACAACUAAUCUAUCUACUCUAUCUAUUUUUUCUUUCAAUGGACGAAAUUAAGUCACAAAAAAGGUCGAGUUUGAUGAUUAUGGUUGCGAUUAUCCACGCGUGCCACAACUUGGUUUAACAAUAAACUGGUUCUAGUAUUUUUAUUUUACUAAGGGUAUGUAAACAUAGUAAGAGUCAAUGAGAUUUCGAUUAGCACCGUUCAAA